AUGGAGCCGAUCGCGCCGGCCGACCACCCGGCCUAUAUGCGCCAUGCGCUGUCGCUCGCAGAGAAGUCGCCGCCGCGGCCGUCCAACUUUCGUGUCGGGGCUGUGCUGGUCGACGCGGCCAGUGGCCGCAUCCUCGCCGACGGCUUCACGCUCGAGCUGCAUGGCAACACGCACGCCGAGCAGUGCUGCUUCAUGAAGCUGGCAGCCCAGCACGGUGUAGCCGAGGAGGAUCUGUCCGCCCUGCCAUUGACCGCCCUUCCGGCCCAGCUGGCCCUCUACACGACCAUGGAGCCGUGCUCGUUACGGCUCAGCGGCAAUGACCCUUGUGUCGCCCGGGUGCUGCGGCUUGCCGGCCACCAGCGCUCGGUAACGGUCUAUGUCGGCGUCACGGAACCGGACAAGUUUGUGGCGCAGAACACCGGUCGCAGCACGCUCGAAGCUGCCGGCAUCCACGUCGUCCACGUUCCCGGCCUGGAGACGGCCAUUCUCGACGUCGCCACGGCCGGUCAUGAGGAAAAGUAG